UCGGCAUGGCGGAAGCUGGAAUUGAUCGUCUAUCAGGAAAUUCAAUCGCUAGCCUCAAUGAAGCUCUUCAAAAGCAUUUAGAUGGAGGCGGUUUUCAAGUUAUGGACGAUUUAUCAAAACAAUUAUUUCCAUCCGUGUUUGGUGCGAUUAAGAAUUGUUUGUAUAAGCCGUUACGGAAACAUCCCCUCUACAAGGAAGUCGAAUUCGUCUGGACUGGAAGCACAGCGGAAGGGGUAAAUAUUCCUAAUUUCGAUAGGCAUGGGGAUGGAAAGCCUCAUCUUGAAUUCGAAAUGGAUAUACUCUGUGUGUUCCGAGACGUUAAAGUCGGAAGAUCAAGGGACAGUCCUGCCAUACUUAUGAAGCAAGAAGACACAAGCGAGGGAUACUUUGUCGUGUAUCUGAAUGAUGAAGAUUACAGAAGAAACUGGGCCCCCUUUGCUAUUGGCCCAAGCGAUCCGAAGAGAAGGGGCGAAUUGUACCUUAAUCCAUUGUUGAUUGUAGGCGACUUGUACAAGCAAAUUGAACAUAUUUUCGCUCAAAUUCCUUUACUAAAUGAGAGAUUCCAAUUGGAAUUCAAUCCACCAGCAGUAACUUUAUCCAUGUCUUUAGACUUCCAAAGCGUUACAAUCAAUUGUGAUUUGGUUGUUGCAUUCGAGUUGCUAAAUGACUGUCUUCCAGUUGAGUAUCCAUCGUGGAUUACAGUACAUGGAAAGCCAAACUGGCUCAGUGAGGAGGCUUUUGUUAAAGCACAACAACAGCAUCUUUAUCUUGUUGGAAAGUGUUCACCAAAUGGACAAUCAAAGGUAGAAUGGAGACUGUCUUUCAGCGUUGUAGAACUUUUUCUGUUACAGGAAUUAGCAUCACAAUGCCCUGCUGCUAUAACAUGUUACAGAGUCUUUAAACAAAUAAGAUUCUGGCAUCUAAAAUGCCCUCAUAUUCUUCAUUCAUAUCACUUGAAAAUGGUGUUUCUUCAAGCGUGCCACAAGUACCCUCCAAAAUUAUGGACAGACAGUAAUUUGGCAGCCAACCUUCUUGGACUUUUGGAUGACUUGUUUUAUUGCCUGGCCACAAAGUCUUUGCCAAGUUACUUUAUUCCACGAUAUAACCUGAUUGAGGGAAUUCAUCCUGAAUUUCUGUUCACCUUACUGGAUAAAUUAAAUGAUGUGAGAAAAGAUCCCUUUAAGAACAUUAUCAAUUUAAAAAGAUGAACUUUGAACCCAUACCUCUAAAAUGAGGGUGUUAAAGCUUAUCUGCUAAAAUGGCAAAUACACAGUUAAAAAAUGUUGGGGAAGUAAGCAUUUCAGAUGGGAAUGUCUUUGCCCAUGGAAUGAGCAAUGUGAGCCAAUGAGAGGUCUGUGAGGGGCCUGGUGCUGAUAGUGCCAGACCCUAGACAAACCUCUCCCCAACUUGUCUCAAAUCUACCCAUGGGUGGAGAAAUAAUGCCCUGUAGCACUAAAAACAAGGGUCUGCUCACAGGCUAAGGAAAACUAUGACACAUCAAUGGUUAGAGAUCAAAAUCACCUAAUAUCAUUCAUCUCCCUUAGGUGUCACAUCUUGUACUUAGGGUGCAGUAAGCUAUAUAGUUACUCACAUGUGCAGAGUUUGAAAAGGGGCUUGGCCUUAACAAGUAAGGAGAAGAACUAAUUAGGUAAUAAUUGAAAAUUGGCAGGGUCUAGGUAGAAGUGAUAAAUCUGGGCUGAGUCUUGGGUUCCAAAACUCUCUCAAGUUGUCCUGCCCUUUCACUUGUUUUUAAGAGGAUUUGUAAGCCUGGAAAAAAUCCUUGACUGCUUUUAUGAAAUAUUUCUCAAAAAUAAUUCCAAACAUAUUAAGUGUGACCCCACGACCAUGUCUACAUACUCUUGUGUAAACACACCAUUUCGACCAAUAAGGGUGCACAUACUAUCUACACUAAGGGGAUACAUCAUAUCUGGCCUUAAUACCUAUUGAAGUCAAGUUCACUGACCUCAACACAGUCCUAUCAAGAAUUAAGCCCUCAGAGCAACCAGUAUUAAAUUUCACCCCUGAAUGAAAACAUUUAAGGUCUUGAGAGAAAAGGAAAUGAUCACCAACUGAAGAGGCUCUUGAUUGUGAAAUAAGUUCUCCUUGUCAUUACUGUAGGAAAGUGAGAAAUCAGCAUAGAGAAUAUGCAUACUGAUGUUAGUUCUUAAAAAUGAAAGAAAUGAUCACUGGCUAAAGAGGUUCUUGGUUCAUUAGGUAAACAAAUUCUCCUUGUCCUUAAAGGAAAUGUAUAGAGAACAGUUUGGAGAAUAUGCAAACUGAUGUUAGGGUGUAAAGGGGGAAGUGCCUGUUUAGUGAGACACUAAACUGUUGACCAUGGAUUCAUCUAUGUAACCAAAAUGAGUAAUAAUCACACAUUUACAAAUUUUUAAAUUUUCAUUGUAAAUAACUAUAAUUUUUCUGGCAAUGAAUGCAAGUGUUGCUUUGCACUCUUUUAUAGACACUAGUCAAUAGCUUUUUGGCUAACAGUAAAUAUGCUAUUUU